GGCGCAACGCUUCCCCCGCCAACCGCCAUCCUGCCACCCAGACCCGGGCGACAUGGCCGAGAAGAAAGUCGCGCUGUUCAGCCUGUGGGGGGUCGCGGUCUCCUCACGACCCGAGGCGGUUUUCCACGAGUCGGAGGAGCGGCACGACCUGCCGGGCGGUUUCCUGUCCAGCGUGGCGUCGCGGGAGGACAGCGCCAUGAGCCGGGCGGAGAGAGGCGAGAUCACACUGUCUCAGAUGAUCCCAGUGUUUGAGGAGGAGUGUGUGAGGGAGGCCCGGGUCAGGGGCGUGACUCUGCCGUCCCACUGGUCCGUCGGACGCCUGCUGGAGGAGCUGGGAGAGGCCGCGACGGACGUCCGACCGGCCGUGCUGAAGACGGCCGCCCGUCUGCGUCGCAGCGGGUUCCUGACAGCCGUGCUGGCCAAUCACUGGCUGGAUGACGCUGCGGCCGGAGACGCUGCGGCCCGCCUUCUCUCCCUGCUGGGGGCCCACUUCGACCUGGUGCUCCAGUCCUGCCGCGCGGGUCACAGGGUCCCCGAGCCCGCCAUGUUCGGCUCCGCUCUGCAGCACCUGGGGGUGACACCACAGCAGGCCGUGUGGCUGGAUGCAGAUGAGGAGGGCGUGAAGGCGGCAGAGGGAGCGGGGAUGAGGGCCAUCAAGGUGGAAGAUCUGGACGCGGCUCUGGACCAACUGGCCGAUUUUACUGGAGUCCAGGCUGUCAGAGCGGAGAGCCCCCCCCCAUCCUGCAGCCCUGACGGAGUGUCUCAUGGAUACGUCACCAUCAGGCCCGGUGUCAGGACGCACUACGUCGAAAUGGGCUCGGGUCCGCCGGUCCUGCUGUGCCACGGCUUCUCCGAUAGCUGGUACUCCUGGAGGUACCAGAUCCCAGCCGUGGCAGCAGCGGGGUUCCGGGUGUUGGCCCUGGACAUGAAGGGAUAUGGGGAGUCCGCGGCGCCCCCAGACGCGGAGGAGUUUUCUCAGGAGCAGCUCUGCAAGGACCUGGUCGCAUUUCUCGACAGAAUGUCGAUACCACAGGUCACCCUGGUGGGUCACGACUUGGGCGGCACCCUGGUCUGGAACAUGGCUCAGUAUUUUCCUGAGCGAGUCAGGGCUGUGGCGUCUCUGAACACCCCUCUGUUCCCGGUGGACCCUUCCGUUCAUCCCGCAGAGAAGCUGAAGGCCAUUCCCAUAUUCGACUACCAGCUCUACUUCCAAAAGCCAGGAGUUGCGGAGGCCGAGCUGGAGAAAGACUUGGAGAGAACUUUCAAGAUUUUCUUUCACAGCAGCAGCGAGGCAUGCUCUUGUGUUGUGUUUCACAGGAGGCCGCUGAACUGGUAUCGCAACGGUGAGGUGAACUGGAAGUGGAUGUGCUCUCGACCCCGCGGGAAGCUGCUGAUGCCGGCGCUGAUGGUGACGGCAGGUAAGGACCCCGUGCUGCUGCCGGCCUUCUCCAAAGGAAUGGAGGAUUUGAUCCCGAACCUGAGCAGGGGACACAUCGAGGACUGUGGACACUGGACUCAGACGGAAAGGCCAGCGGAGACGAACAACAUCCUGAUAGCGUGGCUUAAAGAAACGCAUAAGAAGGCGGGAGGUGUCACUGUGGCUCCCAAACUGUGAGGGGGGGGGG